UCUCGUCAGAGAAGCAAAGGAGAGGAGCAAAUCCACCGGCUGCUUAAUCGCGGGAUUAGCAGGCCGGAUGGAAGAAAACUCACGUCGUUCGCCCGCCUGAUUAUUGGUUGGGCCCCUAGCAGCUUCCUUCCUCGCACGGAACCGCCCAUCAUUGCCCACCCGAAAGGCGGCGAUCACAUGGAAGUCGCUGGUGUGGUGUCGUGUGUGUGUGUGUGAUGUGUGCCGUGUGGAUCGCAAAGCGGCCGAAGAAAAAGGACGGCAAACAGCGCACGGAACGAAUGCGCUCGUCCUCGCCGGAGCGCGCAGCCGGUGCCGGUGCCGGGGCAAAGGCAACCACCGGACGGCCAUCGGGUCAGCCGCGCUGCGUGACUGCGUGUCUGCGUCUGCUUGCUUGCUUGCUUGUUUGUUACUACUAUACGUAUUGUUCAAUGGAAUGAGUGAAUGACGACAUGUGGUUAGCCAGGUUGACAGCGGACGGUGGAGAUGGUGGUGUAACGGCCGAAUCACGCCCGGCGCGUGACCCUGCACCGUUGGAUAGCGAUCGGGUCGGGUGGGUGACGGAGUGGUCUGGUCUGCCAUGGGAGCACGGGACCCCAGGUCAGGUCCGGAUGGUCGCCGCCCGGCCCGGCCCGGCCCGGAUGAGAUACCGGCGGCGCAAAAGGCGAGGCGCGCAGCGCGCGCUGGUGUACAUGCAAAUACUCCGUGUGUUGUGUCUGCGCUAGGCAGACGGGCGCGACGCAAAAAGCUUUGUUCUCAGCGGAAGGGCCUCAGCCUCACGGGGGCGAGGCCGCGAGGCGAGGCUAUAAAACGCUGCCCCACCCAAGCCAACCGCCUCGUCGUUCCAUCCAGCUCUCCCAGCGCGCUGCUCGACUCGACUCGACUUCCUCUGCAACGCGUGUCCGGUGUAGGCUGAGAGAGUGAGUGAGAGGCGAGAUGAGGAGCGGGCGGCUGGCGGUGGCGGUGGCGGUGGCUCUGGCGUGGGCGUUCGCGGCGUCGGCGGCGGCGGCGGCGCAGAAGUACAAUGCCAUCUUCAACUUCGGCGACUCCAUCACCGACACCGGGAACCUCUGCACCAACGGGAGGCCGUCGCAGAUCACCUUCACGCAGCCGCCCUACGGCGAGACCUACUUCGGCACGCCGACGUGCCGCUGCAGCGACGGCCGCGUCAUCCCGGACUUCCUCUGCUCCAGGUUCGGCCUGCCGUUCCUGCCGCCGUCCAAGUCCACGACGGCCGACUUCAAGAAGGGCGCUAACAUGGCCAUCACCGGCGCCACGGCCAUGGACGCGCCCUUCUUCCGCUCGCUCGGCCUCUCCGACAAGAUCUGGAACAACGGGCCCAUCAGCUUCCAGCUGCAGUGGUUCCAGCAGGUCACCUCCGCCGUGUGCGGGCAGGACUGCAAGAGCUACCUGGCCAACUCGCUGUUCGUGUUCGGCGAGUUCGGGGGCAACGACUACAACGCCAUGCUGUUCGGCAACUACAACGCGGACCAGGCCAGCACGUACACGCCGCAGAUCGUGAGCGCCAUCGCGGCCGGCGUGGAGAAGCUGCUGGCCAUGGGCGCCACGGACGUGGUGGUGCCGGGGGUGCUCCCCAUCGGCUGCUUCCCCAUCUACCUCACCGUCUACGGCACCUCCAACAGCGCCGACUACGACGCGCUCGGCUGCCUCAAGAAGUUCAACGACCUCUCCACCAACCACAACGCCCAGUUGCAGGCCCAGAUCUCCGCCCUCCAGGCCAAGUACAAGUCGGCGCGCAUCAUGUACGCCGACUUCUACUCCGCCGUCUACGACAUGGUCAAGAACCCCGGCAGCUACGGGUUCAGCUCGGUGUUCCAGGCGUGCUGCGGCUCGGGGGGCGGCAAGUACAACUACCAGAACAGCGCGCGGUGCGGCAUGUCGGGCGCGUCCGCGUGCUCCAGCCCGGCGUCGCACCUCAGCUGGGACGGCAUCCACCUCACCGAGGCCGCCUACAAGCAGAUCACCGACGGCUGGCUCAACGGGCCCUACUGCCGCCCCGCCAUCCUCCACAGCUAAGCUAAGCGAGGGGAGGGCGAUUAAUUUUUUAUUGUUGCCAUGUUAUUUAUACCUGUGUUUACGUUGCCGGGAAAAAAGUGUCCCGGCAGCUGCAUGCAUGUGUUGCCUCUUGUAACUUGUUAUACUGGUGGUCUUCAUUUACAAAUCAAAUGGUAUAGAUUUUUCAUGGAACCAAGGCAUGUGGUCGGGGCUUUAUAGAGAA